AUGCAAUCUUUGGGGGUUUCUGGAAAUAGAAGGGUCAUGCAGCCUGGAACCAGUGAGCCAUGCCAAUCUCUAAGUCAUCAGAGAAAUGAUGAAGAAGCUGUUGUAGAUAGAGGUGGAACUCGCUCAAUCCUCAAAACACACUUUGAAAAGGAAGAUUUGGAAGGUCACCGUACACUAUUCAUUGGAGUUCAUGUUCCCCUGGGAGGAAGAAAGAGUCACCGACGUCACAGGCAUCGUGGACAUAAACACAGAAAGAGAGAUAGAGAAAGAGAUUCAGGAUUAGAGGAUGGACGAGAGUCUCCUUCUUUUGACACCCCAUCGCAGAGGGUACAGUUUAUUCUUGGAACCGAGGAUGAUGACGAGGAACACAUUCCUCAUGACCUUUUCACAGAGCUUGAUGAGAUUUGCUGGCGUGAAGGUGAGGAUGCCGAAUGGCGAGAGACAGCCAGGUGGUUGAAGUUUGAAGAAGAUGUAGAAGAUGGAGGAGAAAGGUGGAGCAAGCCAUAUGUAGCAACUCUUUCACUGCACAGUUUGUUUGAGUUGAGAAGCUGUAUCUUGAAUGGCACCGUGCUGCUGGACAUGCGGGCUAACACUUUAGAGGAAAUUGCAGAUAUGGUUCUUGACCAACAAGUGAGCUCUGGCCAGCUCAGUGAAGACGUCCGCCACAGAGUUCAUGAAGCUCUAAUGAAACAGCAUCACCAUCAGAACCAGAAAAAGCUGACCAACAGGAUUCCUAUUGUUCGAUCCUUUGCUGACAUUGGCAAGAAGCAGUCAGAACCAAACUCCAUGGAUAAGAAUGCUCAGGUUGUUUCUCCACAGUCUACUCCAGCCAGUAUUGAAAAUAAAAAUGAUGUGAGCAGAGAAAACAGCACUGUUGAUUUUAGUAAGGGACUGGGAGGCCAACAAAAAGGGCAUAAUAGUCCAUGUGGGAUGAAACAAAAGCUUGAAAAAGGACCUCCACAUCAGCAAGAGAGAGAGGUUGAUCUACAUUUCAUGAAAAAGAUUCCUCCUGGGGCAGAAGCUUCAAACAUCUUAGUGGGUGAACUAGAAUUCUUGGACCGAACUGUAGUUGCAUUUGUUAGAUUGUCCCCAGCGGUAUUGCUCACAGGACUGGCUGAGGUGCCGAUUCCAACCAGAUUUCUGUUUAUCCUUCUGGGACCAUUGGGAAAGGGUCAGCAGUACCAUGAGAUUGGCAGAUCAAUUGCAACCCUGAUGACAGAUGAGGUCUUCCAUGAUGUUGCCUAUAAAGCUAAGGAUCGUAAUGACUUGCUUGCAGGAAUUGAUGAAUUUCUUGAUCAGGUUACUGUUCUCCCUCCUGGAGAGUGGGACCCAACCAUUCGAAUAGAACCCCCCAAAAAUGUUCCUUCUCAGACACUUACUAAGUCAAAGCAGGUUAUUAAUGGCUCUCACCAGAUUUUUGGGGGACUUAUUUUAGAUAUCAAAAGGAAAGCUCCAUACUUCUGGAGUGACUUCCGAGAUGCUUUCAGCCUGCAGUGCUUAGCAUCGUUUCUGUUUCUCUACUGCGCUUGUAUGUCACCUGUCAUCACAUUUGGAGGGCUGCUGGGAGAAGCAACCGAAGGUCGUAUAAGUGCGAUUGAAUCUCUAUUUGGAGCAUCUAUGACUGGGAUAGCAUAUUCUCUCUUUGGUGGACAACCUCUUACCAUACUAGGCAGCACAGGACCUGUACUGGUGUUUGAAAAGAUACUGUUCAAGUUUUGCAAAGAAUAUGGGCUGUCAUACCUCUCUUUGAGAGCUAGUAUUGGGCUUUGGACCGCCACUUUGUGCAUCAUCCUUGUGGCCACUGAUGCCAGCUCUCUCGUCUGCUACAUAACUCGUUUCACCGAAGAAGCCUUUGCUUCUCUUAUCUGCAUAAUUUUCAUUUAUGAGGCUCUGGAGAAGCUAUUUGAGCUCAGUGAAGCAUAUCCAAUCAACAUGCACAAUGAUUUGGACCUCCUGACACAAUAUUCAUGUAAUUGUGUGGAACCACAUAAUCCUAGCAAUGAUACCUUGAAGGAAUGGAAAGAAUUCAAUAUCUCUGCCUCUGACAUAAUUUGGAAGAACUUAACUGUGUCAGAAUGUAAUUCUUUGCAUGGAGAAUAUGUUGGAAGAGCUUGUGGGCACGAGCAUCCAUAUGUUCCAGAUGUCCUCUUUUGGUCAGUGAUUCUGUUCUUCUCCACAGUUACUCUGUCAUCUACACUGAAGCAAUUCAAGACUAGCCGAUAUUUUCCAACAAAGGUCCGAUCUAUAGUGAGUGACUUUGCUGUCUUUCUCACUAUUUUGUCUAUGGUUUUAAUUGACUAUGCCAUUGGAAUCCCAUCUCCAAAACUGAAAGUUCCAAGUGUUUUCAAGCCCACAAGGGAUGACCGUGGCUGGUUUGUUACCCCAUUGGGACCAAAUCCAUGGUGGACAGUGAUUGCUGCUAUAAUUCCAGCUUUGCUUUGUACUAUUCUUAUCUUUAUGGACCAACAGAUCACUGCUGUUAUUAUCAACAGAAAAGAACACAAGCUAAAGAAAGGAUGUGGGUACCAUCUGGAUUUAUUGAUGGUGGCAGUCAUGCUUGGUGUGUGCUCCAUUAUGGGACUCCCAUGGUUUGUAGCUGCCACAGUUCUCUCGAUUACUCACGUCAACAGCCUGAAACUGGAAUCUGAAUGUUCAGCCCCAGGAGAACAACCUAAAUUUCUUGGCAUCCGAGAACAAAGAGUUACAGGGCUUAUGAUUUUUGUCCUUAUGGGUUCAUCUGUCUUUAUGACCAGCAUUCUAAAGUUUAUUCCAAUGCCAGUUCUUUAUGGGGUAUUUCUCUACAUGGGUGCCUCAUCUCUAAAGGGAAUACAGUUCUUUGAUAGAAUAAAGCUUUUCUGGAUGCCAGCCAAACACCAGCCAGAUUUCAUAUACUUACGGCAUGUACCCCUUCGAAAAGUCCAUCUCUUCACCAUCAUUCAGAUGAGUUGCCUUGGUCUCCUUUGGAUAAUCAAAGUUUCCAGAGCUGCCAUCGUCUUUCCCAUGAUGGUAUUAGCUCUGGUGUUUGUAAGAAAAUUGAUGGAUUUACUUUUUACCAAACGAGAAUUAAGUUGGUUGGAUGAUUUGAUGCCUGAGAGCAAGAAAAAGAAAUUGGAAGAUGCUGAAAAAGAGGAAGAACAAAGUAUGUUAGCAAUGGAAGAUGAGGGCACAGUGCAGCUCCCACUGGAAGGGCAUUAUAGAGAUGAUCCAUCCGUGAUCAACAUUUCUGAUGAAAUGACAAAAACAGCAUUGUGGAGGAACCUUCUGAUCACCUCAGAAAACUCAAAAGAUAAGGAGUCAAGCUUUCCUUCUAAAAGCACUGAAGGCAGAAAAGAGAAGAAAGCUGACUCAGGGAAAGGUGUUGACAGGGAGACUUGUCUAUGACUUGUUCUUCAAUUUAUUUUUACAAACAUACAAGAAGAGUGCCACAAUUAUUAAUAAAACUGCUUUGAUCAUGUAUUGUAAAUUCUGUCUCUCAUCCCAAACUCACGCCCACACUGUAAGUAGUGCCAUACCAAUUUUGUUCCUCUUGUCUAAAACUUCUGCACAAUGAAACAACCUUGUGAACAGCCCCAGUAGCCUAUGCGAGAAUCUGUGUGUUCCUUGCUGGAUUAACCAUUUCUCAACACUGAAUU